GCGCGGCAGUGGUGGCAUCAACCCCGUUAAGUCGCGUCGCGCACACCUCGCUCCGGUGACAGCAGCAGCAGCAGUGGCGGCGGCACAUUGAACACGUUCCCGGAAUGGCUAGCGACGCGCAGGAACGCAAAGCCCUCGAGCAGCUGAAGGCGGCCUUGAAGGACGUUUGGCAAGAGCAGUUCACAGACGCGUACCUGCUGCGAUGGCUACGAGCCCGGGACCUCGACGUGGCCAAGGCCGAUGACCUUCUGCGCAAAAACCUGCGGUGGAGAGAGGAGAACAAGAUCGACAGCCUGGUCGAGCGCUACAAGUGGCAUCCAAUCAUUAAGCAGUACUUUCCUGGCGGAAUUUUCAACCAUGACCGGGAUGGCAGCCCAAUGUACUUCAUUCCAAUAGGCAGCGGUGACUUCAAAGGCAUGCUACAGUGUCUGUCCAAGGAAGAGAUGGUCACGCACGUGGUCUACAUGCUCGAGCUGUUGCAACGAGAAAGAGAGAGCCAGACCCGCAAGCUGGGAAAGCUUAUCGACAAGUCUGUAUUCUUCUUUGACUGGGAAAACUUCAGCCUCAAGCAGGUCUACUCUUGGCAAGUCGUGGACUACAUUCGAGCACUGGUCAGUCUCUACGAGAACAACUACCCCGAGACACUCAAGCUUGGCCUUCUCGUCAACACCCCGAGUUUCUUCCCAGUGUUCUGGAAACUUAUCCGGCCAUUCCUGAGCGAAAGAACAGCGGGAAAGAUUAAAAUCUUCUCACGCGAUGGUUGGCUACCGAUCCUGCUGGAGUACGUGGAUCCCAGCCAGUUGCCGGCCCAGUGGGGAGGCACCAUUGUGCACCCCGAGGGAGGCGCUCGCUGCACGCAUGCGAUUGGCCCCGGAGGAGAGCUUCCGGCCGCCGUCAGCCGAGGUGGUGGCGCGUUGGCCACCGAUCCCGAGGCGGUCAGCUGCUUUGUGGAGCGCGGUCGGUGCCUCGAGGUGCCCGUCCAGGUCGAGGCGGCGGGCGCCAAACUCCACUGGCGGUUGCAGGCGAAGGACGUGGCCUUCGCCCUGUGGAGGAUCAGCGGUCAGGACCGCGUCCAGCUGCUCACGCCGCGGAGGAUCGCCUGCGACCGGGACCCGGAGUGCGGGCAGAUGCACUGCGAAGAGCCUGGAACAUACACAUUCACGUUCGACAACAGCUUUAGCUGGUUCAACGGAAAGCAGCUCUCCUACGUCAUACGGGUACAUCACGAAUCCAUAUCCAGCCCCGAGGAAAUUGCUAGGCGCUGAACAGAGUGGCCUGCCUCAAAGUCAGGCCUUGUACAGAAGCUUCUGACCACGCUUGCGUGGCAGCGAACUUUUGGUCUCGUUGUUUUAACAGAGUGUGUUUUUAUUGAAACUGCAAUAAAUAUGAGAGGCCUCAUAUUUUUUUUAUGGCCUGUUAUUUCGAACUGUUA